CCCCCCCCCCCUGGGUUGCCAAUUCUUCCUUAUUCCCUUUUCGGAACACACUAAAUGGCCCGGUCGGGCCCGUGUGCGAAAUACGCUAGAGUCGGAAAGCGCACGUAAAAUCCCAAAUCCUACCUACCUACCUACCGGUAUAUUAUCAGUUGCAGUUUGUAUCCCAAGCGAGCAACACCUCCCAAGCCAGCACAGAGCAUUGCCUGAUAGCCAGCCAAGGAGAACUCCACCAUCGGAAUCGACAGGCGUUGGACGUAUACAGUGUUGGCAGUGUAAAACAAUGUCUAAAAUCAUCAACAUGCUGAAGAGAAAGGGCCCCGAUCAACAGACCGCCGCUGUCACCUGUGUGGUGGUUGGGGCAGGCAUGCGGGGAUGUACAUACGCAGCUUAUGCACAGUUCUGCCCAGACAAAAUGAGGGUGGUCGGUGUGGCUGAGCCCAGAGAGUAUCAAAGAAAUAAGGUCAAGGACAGAAACAAAGUCCCAUCAAGCAAUGUCUUCACAGACUGGCGUGAAGCGGUCGAGAGAGACAAGUUUGCUGACUGCGUGAUCAUCACAACAGUGGACCAAGACCACAAGGAUCCUGCCAUUGCAUUUGCCAAGAAGGGUUAUCACAUUCUGCUGGAGAAGCCCAUGGCUGUUACGGAGGCAGAUUGUCGGGAAAUCGUGACGACGUGCAAGCACCACAACGUGUGUCUGGCCGUCUGUCAUGUGCUGCGCUAUGUUCCCUGGGCCAAGAAAAUCAAGGAGGUCAUCGCCAGCGGCAGGAUAGGGGAGGUUGUCAAUAUACAGCACACGGAGCCGGUCGGUUUCCAGCAUUUUGCUCAUUCCUUUGUUCGCGGAAACUGGCGCAAUGCCAGCCAGAGUUCUAAUUCGCUGCUUGCGAAGUGUUGCCAUGACGUCGACCUCAUCAAAUACUGGUUUGGGGAUACAAGAUGUCAGAAAGUGUCAUCCUUCGGGAAUCUGACACACUUCAGAAGAGCAGAUAAGCCUGUGGGGGCAGCGUCUCGUUGCACUGACUGUCCCCAGGAGAUCGAGACCUCCUGUCCGUACUCGGCCAAAAGAUACUACCUUGAUCAGGUCAAAUCUGGGAACAGAGGCUGGCCGGUGUCUGUCAUCACAGAUGUCCCUGACAUUGAAAGUGUCACCGAGGCCCUCAAGACAGGACCGUAUGGCAGAUGUGUAUACGAGUGUGAUAAUGAUGUUAUGUCACACCAGGUUGUAAAUUUCCAGUUUGAAGGAGGUGCAACAGCAAGCCUGACAAUGAUGGCCUUUACGAAAAAAGUGUGUCAGCGUGAGGUCAAGGUCUAUGGAACAAAGGGAGAAAUCUCCUGUGUUGAUGAUGGCAUCAAAGUGUUUGACUUCAUAACAGGACAAACAACCAGAGAGGAUCUAGAGCAGGAUGACUUUGCCCGGCAGUGGGGCCACGGGGGUGGUGACUAUCACCUCAUUCACGCCUUCAUCACGGCCAUCAAGGAGAAUCGCCUUGACUUGAUAGAGACGGGAGCGGACGAUACACUUAACAGUCAUCUUCUUGUCUUCGCUGCAGAGAAAGCUCGUAAAGAAAACUGUAUUGUGACCAUAAAUCCAGAUGGAACAUUUUAGGAAUUGGGUAAAAAUCAAACUGCUGUGAAGGAUAUGUUUUUAUCCUCAGGCUGAAGGUCCUUUUCUAUUGUUGUAUUAAUCAGGGACUAUACACACAGAUUCCUCUGAGUGUGUAAAAAUCACUGAAUCACAGCUUGUACAAGAUUUGGUGUACCUGUUGUUCACCCAGCAGUGAUUGGGCACUCAGGAACCAUUGGGACAAACUAAUUCAUAUCCUUUGGGGGAAGGUUGAGUGUUUUUAUUUUCUUUUUUUAAAAUCUUCCAAAUAGAAAAGAAUCUCAUUAGAAUCAGAUAUUAAUUAGUGCUCACUACUGCAACCCAAAGAUCUGAGUACAUCCCAUUACAGGUGAUGACAGAGCAACCUUUCAUCUGGCCAAGAGCGUCGCUUUUGAGAUCAGGACAACGAAAGUCCUAAUGUGUUUUCUAAUCAUGCAACCUCGAAAGGGUUUUGGUCAUUCCGAACGACAGUAGGACAAUCAAAGAGACUUUUCAUUGCCCGUUGGAAGUAAAGUCAUACCAUCUAAACCAUCUAUUAGACAUUUCAGAAUUUUCUUAGAUAUUCAGUUUUCAAAUAUGGAAUCUAGAACUCUAUGAAAAUAUAUUAGUAUGGAAUGGAAGUCGCCAUUUUGAAACUAGUGCCUUAACGUUAAACAAGGUACUUUCUGAUUUGGCUACUGUCGACUUCAUCUUAGCAUGUUUAGUCAUUUCAUUGGUCGUCAAAGCUCAUGACAGGCUGUUCUGGCGAGACCUGUAAUGGGAUGUCCCCAGAUCUUUGUGUGGGGUUAGCAAACUCUAUGGCACACUGCAUUAAGGGGAUAAAACAAGGAGUUGGUAUACUGUGUCUGAGUAGGGUAUCCAUGUUGAACUGCAGCAUUGUAUCUCAGUAGGGUAACACAAUAAAACUGGCUUAAGUCUGGACUUGUACAAACAUAGCUAUGAAUAUAAAGCUGAUAUAAGCUACGAUUUACACCUUCAUAACAUGCAACUAAAGUCUGCUGCUGAUUUUGACCAGCCUUCACAAGCUCCCAUCAGAGUGCAAAGUAAUGGAAUGUGGAAAUUUGGAUGUACCCCCUGGUACUGCAUUUCAUAAAGACAAAAUAUGAUUUAGAAAAACUGUGGUUGCUUGGUCAUUUGGACCUUUUGAUCAUCUUCGAAUUUUUUCAAUUAAUCUAAAUACAUCUGUCCUCCAGUACUGAAAUAAUGUUCACAUGUAUCAAAAUUAUUCAUUACUGGCAGGAGAAUUAGCUUGUCUGAUAUCAAACAAUAUAGUUGAGGAGAUAUUAAUUUGCAGAUCACACAUUGGUUGAUUGACAUAGGCGUAACACGUAAAUGAACAUAAUUAUGUAAAAUAUUUAGCUGGAGAUUUCCCAUUUUAUGUCCUGCUGAUCCAUACAAUAGAAAGGCUGCAAAAUUUCGGUGAGUGAAUUGGGUUUAGCGCCGUUUUGAACAGUAAUCUCACAGCUUUAUGUGAGAGGAAAACCCGAAGUGAGGCAGGUCUGAGAAACUUCGGUGAAACAACUAACUUCGGUAAAACCCCAGAGCAUCAUGGGUAUGGUGUUUGUGAACCUAGAAAUAUAGUUUGGGCAAAUGGGGAACCCACAAUCAUAGGUUUCUGGCGUGCCCAAGGGAUGCAACUCCGAGUUGCAUAAUGAAGAUGGAUAUUGCCAGAUGAUUUCAGUAUCCACUUGUGUUGAUAGAUAUUAAAAAAACAACACUAAACACAACAACUGUUGGCUAAAAUCUGUAUGCAUUUAGUUUUGGUCACAUUUGGGUAUGGUGUGUGUUCUGUAAUAACAUGUGUAUUAGGGCAGGGACGGGUGACUCAGGUACUCGGGUCGGGUGGGUACUGAGUAGGACCCGGGUAUUUCUUUCUGACGAUGCACACAUUCUAUUUUACUUGUAUAUGUUAAAGUAAAGAUAAAGCUUCAGACAACUUCAGUGAACACAUGAUCUGAUUGUUUGAUACAUGUACAAUGUAUCUAAAUAGUUUCAGCCCAAGCUUCAGUCAACUUCAGUGAACACAUGAUCUGAUUGU